AUGACCAACAUCGCCCUGAAAGCUCUGACGAUAUUUUUCUACAAUAAAGCACAUCGCUGUUCAUCACAGCCAAACUUGCACGUGCUAAACGUGCCGAUUUUGGUUUCGUGCUGCUUGAGUAGAGGAAAGCGCCGCAGUGUUCGAAAAGCCGUGAACCGUGAAGCCAGCCUUAUGUCGAGGAAGCGCCUGCAGUCAACCCUUGAGAGGUUCGCCUAUAAGAGAAGGCGAAGCCUGACCGAGAACCCCGUGAUCGAAGUCGAAGAGAAUCCGCCGGAAGAAAAUCGAGUUCCAGACGAGACAGUCAACGGUGAAAACGCCGGCGCCGUCGGUUCGCCUUGUGUACUCAUCAACGACAUUGGCUACCAUAUUUCCAAAGCAGAAGGCAAGCGUCCGGAUGAUCAUAUCCUUCAUCAGCUGCUCACGAAUCAUUGGGAGCCGCCCUCUGACUACCGACUUCCUUUUUCUGAGCAUACGAAAGGCGGCAGGGUCGAAAAACGAUAUCUGAAGGAAGUGUAUCUUCAGACCUUUCCGUGGGCUGUAUUUUCGGCCGAACAUGGAGGAUUGUACUGCUUGUACUGUCCAUAUUUCGCCACAGAGCUUGUUGCCAACCAGAAAAGAGUUCAGCUCGACAAGCUAGUGGAGAGACCUUUGACAACUUUCGCCAAACUCCUCGGAAAGGACGGUUCGCUGAAAACCCACUCGGAUGCUUACUACCACAUUGCAGCAAUGGAGAAAGCCAAAUUGUUCAUCAAUUCCUACGAAAAUUCAGCGAAUCGCAUUGACCUCAUACUGGACUCGAAUCGACGAAAACAAGUGCUGGAAAACAGAGCUCGAUUAGCACGGAUGCUGACAGCCAUCAUGUACCACGGAAAACAGAACGUUCCUCUAAGAGGUCACCGGGACAGCGGAAGAGUCGAGCUCCUCUCUCGUUCGGCGGAGUCGCAUGCGAAAAAUGAAGGGACCUUCAGAGAGACCUUGAGGUUGAUGAUCGAUAGCGGGGACUCGACUUUGAAGCUUCACCUCGAAUCUUCUGCCUCAAACGCACUGUAUACCAGCAGCUCUGUGCAGAACGAGUUGAUCCAGUGCAUCGCCGAGCAGAUCCAGGACGGCAUCUUGCGAAAGUUAGGGUCAAGUGGUGUAUAUAGUAUAAUGUUCGACGAAACCACCGACUUGUCUCACACGAACGUCAUGAGUUUCGUCGUUCGCUUCAUCGAUGCGAGCACUGGGCGCAAUGUGGUUCGGGAGGAUUUCUUCGAUUUCUUAGACACCUACGGUGCCAUCGCAGCAGAGAAUGCCGAGUCCAGCUCUCCCUCUGAGAAGGAGAACGCCGUGACCGGGAGGAGGCUGGGAUCACUUGUGAUUGCGAAAAUGAGGCUGCAUGGGCUGAAUCCUCAGUCCUGCAUCGGCAUCGGAACUGAUGGAUGUUCUAUCAUGAUAUCGAAAUCCAAAGGUGCCGUGAACACGAUCAGAGAGGUCGCCACGAAUGCUGAGCAUUGUCAUUGCUACAAUCACGAUCUGAAUCUUUCACUGCAGUUGUGUUCAAAAUCACAGGAAGCCAGGAACACUAUGAGUGUGAUGAGAGAAGUUGUCUCAUUCUUCAACCAGUCUGCAAAACGAAAUCGAGUCUCGGUCCGAUUGAUCGGAGGCCAGUUGAAGGCUCUGUGUCAGACUCGAUGGGUCGAGAAGUAUAGAGCCAUAUCGGAAUUCGCGGAUAAACUACCGCGAAUCGUGGAAGCACUGGAGGAGAUUCAGCUCUGGCGAGACGAAGGUUCUGCCUCGAAAGCGUACUUGCUGCUACUUGGAUUGAGGAAGUUCGAGUUCUUAGUCACUCUGGACAUUCUCAAGAAAAUUUUCUCAACUACCCUGCCGCUCUCGACAGCCUUGCAGAAUCGGCGGAUGGAUAUUUCGCGUGCAAAUGGACUGAUCAAAGACACGAUUGCCGUUCUCAAAGCGGAACGAGAGAAUGCCGAAAAUAGUUUCGCUGACACAUUCGCUAGGACUUGUGAAAAGGCUUCGGAGCUGCAGAUACCUCCGACCAAGCCUCGGAUCGCAGCUAUUCAACUCCACAGGUCGAAUCACGAAACUUCCUCCAUAGAACAACACUAUCGAGUUUCCGUGUAUAUUCCGCUGAUGGAUGAGAUCAUACAAGAUCUCGAUAAUCGCUUCACGGUUGAAGCUACCCAUAUCACGAAAACAAUGGAUCUAUUGAUGCCAAUUAAGGUAGUCAACUUGAGUAUGCCCGAGGUCAAAUCCAUAGUUGAAACGUUGCUCUCCAAAUAUCAUUCGCUCGUAACCGACGGCACUGCCGUGGAGACUCGUUUCACUAAUGAAGUCAUGCUGUGACAGCAGAAGUGGAAGAGGGAGGAGAAACGACUGACUGAUAUAUUGGAGUCCCUGGAUGCGGCAGACGCUGACAUUUUCCCUCUUGUACACCUCUUCCUGAAAGCAUUUGCGGUCAUGCCUGCAAGUGUAGCCUCAGCGGAACGCUCUUUUUCUACUCUUCGACGACUGAAGACUUAUUUGAGGACAACGAUGACGGAGGAAAGAUUGACGGGCAUCGCUCUUAUGAACAUCCAUCGAGACGAUGAGUGGGACAUAGAAUCCAUAAUCGACAGAUUCGCCAGCAAGCAAAAGCGCCGAAUGAACUUAAUGUUGUGA